AUGACUUCCCCUCAACAAAUAUUAAAUACAGUGAGCCCAGUUAAACUGGAGCAGUAUGAAGAGCUGUUCGACCCACAAUACUCAAUCAAUCAAGAUCAGCCGAGCAACGCGGAAGCCAUUAGGUACAGGUGGACAGGCGGUGUAACUUCCGAGAUGAUGGGGCAAGGAUUCAAUCACAACCAACCACAUCCAUUUGACAGUAUGUAUGAAAACAAUAACUCGAAUCAAAUUCCCUUUCAUUACUGCGAGAAUCCUUCCCCGCAACAACAGCAGCAGAACAAUAACGUUGGCAUGGAUCAAUUCAGUUUUAGCCAGCACAGAAAUAGUUUACCCAUGAUACAUAACACUGACAUGUUCAGUCCAGCAUCUACAUUGACAGCAAGUCAAAUGCAGACUAUUCCAGCACCCGUGGUCCCGCCUUAUAAUCGCCGCUACACUGAAGGUUCUAUUCCAGCAUCCACUACAUCCUUAAACGGCAACAGCACUAGAAAGAGCAGAAAACAAAGAAUUAGUUCUGUCAGUUCUAGCAGUAAAGAGGAUGACGAUGAAGAGAGCAAGAGAAAGCACUUUUUAGAAAGAAAUAGACAAGCUGCAUUGAAAUGUCGCCAAAGAAAGAAGCAAUGGCUUGCCAAUUUGCAACAUAGAGUUGAAUAUUUAUCCACUGAUAACGAACAGCUUCAGUCGCAAGCAACCAUGCUACGAGAAGAAGUCAUCAAUCUCAAGACACUGCUACUUGCGCAUAAAGACUGUGCAGUAGCUCAAAGAGCAGGUGUUACAGUGGGCAUGAUCCAAAAUGCUACAGGCGGCGCUGGUGUUUACAACAAUGCCAGCAACAGUGUGCCUACUGCUGCUGCCAACGGUAACAAUGGUAGUGCUCCUGACAUGGCUAAUAAUAGCCAGCAAGAUCAGCGUAUGCUGCCACAUCAACCACAAGUGUAA